CUGAGCACACCGGCUCUGCCCCGAUUCAGCAGAACGGAGGACGCAACUGGGAAGCAUAGAAAUAAACCCCGGCACGAUAAGGGCUCCGGUUCCUGGUCGAGUGUUGCGGAUAACGGUGAACUGCUGGCUCUGGCCCAGGCUGCAGCCAUGCCUCUCCUGGAAGAGACCACUCUGCCACAAGAGCACCCACUUACUCUGCCUGUGGUCAUCAUAGGCAAUGGGCCAUCAGGUAUUUGCCUCUCCUACCUGCUGAGUGGAUACAAACCCUUCUUAGACACAGCAACUGUUCAUCCAAACCCGAUUCUGUACAGGAAACUGCAGGAGACCAAGCACCUCCCUAUCACUGAGCAGGAUUUGGAAUAUUUGAGUGAAGGUCUUGAGGGGAGGUCAAGGAAUCCAGUGGCAGUGCUGUUUGAUACACUUCUACAUCCCAAUGCUGACUUUGGUUAUGAGUUCCCUUCUGUCCUGCAAUGGAGGAGAGACAAGCAGCAUCACAUUCCACAUCUGGUUUUGGGAAAGGCAACACCUGGGGGUGCUUGGCAUGCAAUGGAAGGUUCCAUGUUGACCAUCAGUCUUGGCAUCUGGAUGGAGCUUCCCGGCGUAAACUACAGAGACUUAACCAAUGGGAAACGCAGGGAUGUCACCAGUGACAGAGCCACCCCAGAGGAGAUUUCAUCCUAUUACCGUGACUAUGUGAAGCUAAAGGGUCUCCAGAAGAGCUUUGUCGACAACACCUAUGUGACCUCUGUCCAGAAACUCUGUCGGGGACACGAGGUGAAAAGUCUGCAAAAUGGCCACUGUAAUCGAGGAGACAGUGGGGUGGGGGGUGAUGAGAACGAAGGCUUUGAUGGAAAUAGAGAGGAGAGUGUAAACAGUGGAGGAGGGGGGGCUGUCUGGGAGGUAAGGGGAUAUCAACAGGUCCAGAACGACACGCAUGUCCCCUUCACUCUGUUUGCUGAAAAUGUAGUGCUGGCCACUGGUGCGUCUGAUUCGCCAGUGCGACUGGGAGUAGAGGGGGAGGAUCUUCCCUUUGUGUUCCACAGCAUCUCAGAUCUGGGCCUGGCUGUUAGCCAGAGAAAGCUGGAUAAGAACUCUGAUCCGGUUCUAAUUGUAGGUGCUGGUUUAAGCGCUGCUGAUGCAGUUCUGUGUGCUUUUAACAGCAACGUUAGGGUGCUGCAUGUUUUUCGCAAGACUGUAGACGACCAAGACCUCAUUUUUAAGCAGUUGCCGAAGACCUUGUACCCAGAGUACCACAAAGUGUACAACAUGAUGUGCUCCAAGACAUACACCAAUGUGAGCCCUCCUCCUGCUCCCAGCAGACCUCAGGCAGUUAGUAUUGCCUCCUCAGUAUGCGCCAAGAUGUGCCCUAAACCCCAGCUUGCGGCAGGUAACACGGCCGGAGGGGCCAGCGUCAGUCUGUUUCCUGACUACACCAGUUUUCCUGAACACUGUGUGGUGUCCUUUCAGUCUGACAUGAAGUGUUUGCUGCAGGGAAACAACUCCCUGAAGGCAUUCAAGAUCUCCAUGGCCCUGGUGCUGAUUGGAACCAACCCAAACUUGUUUUUCUUAAAGGGGCAGGGCCAGUACCUGAGUCAGGAUCCAACAAAGCCCAUCUCUUGCAAGCAAAAUCCCAUUGACAUCAACCCUUACACUUUUGAGUGCACCAAUGAGCCGGGGUUAUUUGCCAUGGGCCCAUUGGUGGGAGACAACUUUGUUCGCUUUUUGAAGGGGGGUGCCUUGGGCAUCUCCUCCUGUCUUAUAAAGAGACUCAAGAAAAGAGAAAAGCUAAUCAGCAAUGGAGGGAAUAAAUUAAUCUGA